CAGGGAGGACUUGGCAGCCCCCCCGGAGUCCCCUCCCUCCCUCCACGCUGGCAGGGAUUUUUCAAAGGAGCAGCAGGGAAGGUGCCAAAUUCAGAAAGAGUUUGGUCCUAAUUCCCUGGAAAUCCCAGCCUACAGAAUUCUUUCCCCUCUCCUUCCUUUUCUCUUGGCCAUGAGGAUUUGCAAGGUGCUUGGCCGCAGCCUGCAUCUCCAGGUGCCCUGCCAUCCUGCACCGCUUCCCACAAGCAGGAAUUCUCCCAGGAAAACCCUCUGAGCUCCCCACACCUCUCCCUCCUCCAACCAAGCAAAAAGCUGCCAUUAGAAAUCCACUCUCUGUUUAAAUUUAGAUGCCUGCAUUAUCUUGAAUUUGGAUUUAUUAAUUAUUUGCAUCUGGUUCAUAUCAAAAAAAGUUGAGCAAUGCAGAUGUCCUGAUUUCGGCAUCAGCUUGGAGGAGAAACACAAAAUUUGCCGGCUUUUCUAUUGUCUCCUUAAACAAUGGCCCAUCAGAAGCAGCCAGGAAUUACGAUCCCCUUCGCAGGGGUCUGACAUGAGUUAAGCUUCCAUCCAACUUGCAUGAUCUCCUCGCUAUGGGUGACUGCGGCUCAUUUCCCAGCCGUAGAGAUUAGUCUAAUUAGCAGAGCAAAUCUGGGUAAGGCAAGCUCUUGUAAUUAGUAAUCAGUUGGAUGUUUCCACGCACUUUCUUUGCCUGCGGGGUAGAGAGGAGUUUAGCAGAUGGCCCCAUUUUGGGUGCAGGGAGGACUUUGGAGAAGUCAAGGUGAAUGGAGCUGGAGCUACUGGUGGCACUGGUGGCCUGGCCCUCCUCACUCCCGGGCGUUGCUGCAUCCCAUUUGCCCAUCGGGACCUUCUUGCCUGUGGGAGUCCAUCAAGCACAGGGUGGGAGGCAAAGGGACAGACCCCUCUGUGUCCCCAAACCACCCCGGCACCAUCUUUCCCCGUAGCCUGCUGUCCUGGAUCAGACUCCAAGUGACAGUGGUGGCCCUGGUGACUCCUGGCUGCUGCCUGGGAUGUGUGACCUGAAGGUGGGAAGCCCCCAGCCUUUGGGGGGGCGGGCAGGGGGCUCUCACACCUGGGGUCUUCUGUGCCGCAACAAGGGGAAAAUAGAUGGCAAGCCCAGUUAAAACCAGGCGUGGGACCCCCAGCCCAGGACCAGAAGGUGGUCCCCACUGGGAAAGGGGAUAAGGGGAAAUGAAAAAAGCCCAACUCAGCCUGGAGAGAAGGCUCAGGGGGGACCUGAUCGCUCCACGACUCCCUGAAAGGUGGCCGUAGCAAGGGGGGGUCGGUCUCUUCUCCCAGGUGACAAGUGACAGGACAAGAGGAAACGGCCUCAAGUUGUGCCAGGGGAGAGUUAGACUGGAACUGGGGAAAAUUCUUCACUGAAGGGUUGUCAAGCACUGGAACAGGCUGCCCAGGGACGUGGUGGGGUCACCAUCCCUGGGGGUGUUUAGAAACCAUGUCGAGGUGGUGCUUAGGGACAUGGGUUAGUGGUGGGCUCGGCAGUGCUGGGGUAACGGACUCGAUGGUCUCAAAGGUCUUUUCCAUCCUACAGGAUUCUGUGAUUCUAAUCCUUCCCACGCCGUGAUAAUUGGCGUUACUGGGUUUAUGGGUAAGCUUCUGUGAGGGAACUUAAUGAUUAUGAUUGAUUAACGGGUCUCCCCAGCGGAAGCUGAAGCUGGAGAGACAGAUUUUGUCACUGCGUUGUGGACAUGCUCGUUCUGGGGUCAUGGCAGGGAGGUUUUAUGCCUCAGGACCGAGCCCGGAGGAGGCUUUGCAGCUUCAGACUGGGAACCGGUGGGUUCUGGGAUGGUGACAGGGUUUUCUGCUGGGAGAGACCCAGAAAUAUGUCUGGCAGCUGUUUAUCUUGUUUCUUCUCUCUGGGCACCUUUAAUGUGUAGCCGAGGGGGGAAAUUUGAUGUGGACUGAGAAAAAUAGGAGAGGAGGAGGCACCACGUAGGCGAGGACGGGGGGCCUCAAACCAGCCUGAGCAUCCAGGAUGCUGGAUGCACCACGCAGCAGGACCGAUGCUGCUCCUCGCUGGCUUCGCCUCUCCUCCCGUCGGGAUGGGAGGAGGAGCGGUCAAGCCAGAGACAAUGACUGCCGAGAGCACCAAAACCAAUGGACCCAUGCGGGAGCCAGAGGCCGGGGGGGACAAGCCGGCGGUGCCCCCAGCUCCGCCGCGGCGCCGGGGACGCAGGCUGAGGCGCAAGUCACCGCCAGAGGUCCCGGUGAAAGGGCAGCUCCGCAUGCGCUCACCAUCGGGAGCCUUCGUUAUGGUGGGCAUCUCAGUGGUCCUGGUGGGCAUGACCAUCGCUGUGGUGGGCUACUGGCCCCACCGGGGACCCGGGGGCAUGGGGGCCAGCGCGGGAAAUGCCAGUAUGACAGGGGACAUGAGGAGAGAGGUGGCCACUGGGCGCCACGUGCCCCACAGUGAGAAGCUCAAGCUGAUUGGCCCCGUCAUCAUGGGCAUCGGGCUCUUCAUCUUCAUCUGCGCCAACACCAUGCUGUACGAGAACCGGGACAUGGAGACCCGCAGGCUGAUGCAGAAGGGGCUCUACUGCAUGGCGGCGGGGCUGCCAGAGGCGGCCAGCCCCGAGGCCGGGCACUGCUCACCCGUCCCCAAGGCCAAUGCCGAGUGUGUGGAGGGCUGCUACCAGGUGGACCUGUCCUGCCAGCCCUGCCCCGGCAGCAAGUGGUCCGACUGCUACGGCCCCAACAGGCUCCAGACCAUGGCUGAGUUCCUCCAGCACCCGGCAGCAUCCCCCGCCACCUCCCUCCUUAGCCUCCGCUCCGGUGCCUCUGCCGAGGCCAACCUCAGCCUCUCGUGCCGUGCCGGAGCUGAGUCCCUUCUCUCCUCGGCAGUUGGCACCUUGGCAUUGCCCGUCAUCAAGCUCAACAACCGCUUGCUGGACGCAGCGGCGCAGGGGGCUGGCAAGAGGGCAGAGGGGGGCCCUGCCGAGCCCCCCCUCGAAGCACCGUGGCUCUCCUGGGCUCCGCUCUCCAGCAGUAGCAGCGUUGUGCCCCGCAGACAGGACCGUGGUGGUGGUGGUGGUGGCCACGUUGUCAUCAAUGUGGAUGGUGGCCGUGCCGGCACGGAGCCGGCAGCAGCGGAGCUCAGCCCCGAUGUGCAGCUCCACGCUCCGGGACACUCCAAGUCGCUGGACCUCGGCCAGCCGAGGGUGCUGCUGGUGGCCCCCAUCAAGGACCGUAAGAACCGGAGCUGGCCCCGGCUGGACCACAUCAGCCUGGUGGGUUACGCCAAACUGGAAAGUACUGGCGAGUCCUCGGACCAGCUGCUGGAGCCCAGCGAGCCCCCGAGCCGGGGCAAGCCCCGACCCAGCUCCUGGGCGGUGGGGAUGGAGCAGGGCGUGCGGGUCUGAACAUCCCCAGCACCCUCGGGGACCGUGAUGUCGCAGUCCCUCAUCCUGGCCUUCAGCACUCACCAGCGACCCCAAAUCCCCACGGCCAGGAGGGGUUCGGGGGCAGCGUUUCUAAGCAGAUGCCAAGAGAGUGGUCCCAAGGCACUGCUCCCAGGGGAGGACUCGCCUGGGGUGGGAUGUCCUCUCCCAGCUGCCUCUCGAUGGCUUCCCGGUAGAUGCCCUUGGCCUUACAAGCCCUUCUCCUGGUGGCUUUUCUGGAGGAGCCCUUGCUUUGAGACCCAACACAAACUGCAGGAUGGGGACAUGGUGGGGGGUGAGGUCCCACCAGCCCCCGCAGCACUUUAUUU